UAAGCCAAAUAAGGCACAGUUUAGUGCAAGAGAAAGAACAACAGCAGUUCCCGCAGCAGCAAAAGCCGACUGACAACCAAAAUGACCUCUCCUGGAAUGAACAUGAUGAGCAGGGUCGUCUUCUACGAGGACCGGAACUUCCAGGGUCGCUCCUAUGAGUGCAUGAGCGACUGCCCAGACAUGUCGUCCUACCUGAGCAGGUGUCACUCCUGCCGGGUGGAGAGAGGCUGCUUCAUGGUCUACGACCGCACCAACUACAUGGGCAACCAGUACUUCAUGAGGAGGGGCGAGUACGCCGACUACAUGAGCAUGAUGGGCAUGAGCGACGGCAUCCGGUCCUGCCGCAUGAUCCCCAUGUACAGAGGAUCCUACAGGAUGAGGAUCUACGAGAGGGAGAACUUCGGGGGUCAGAUGUACGAGAUGAUGGACGACUGCGACAGCAUCAUGGACCGCUACCGCAUGUCCAACUGCAUGUCCUGCAACGUGAUGGACGGCCACUGGCUGAUGUACGAGCAGCCCCAUUUCAGAGGCAGGAUGAUGUACAUGAGGCCUGGCGAGUACCGGAGCUUCAGCAACAUGGGCGGGAGCGGGAUGAGGUGGAUGAGCAUGAGGCGCAUCACCGACUCCUACUACUAAACUCUCUUUGCACUCAAUAAAGCUGUCAAAAAAUAAACUCCUGCUGGGUUGAA